AUGGCUUCAUCACCGCCUGAUGGCCCUUCUUCCUCUGGCAGUUGCAACGAAAUCGUUCUGAUAGAAGACACCAACCACACUUCCUCCUUCAGCAAUACGACCCAAAUCGACGAACCACCCAACACCACCACCACCACCACCAUCAACAGAAGCCACAGUGUGGCUGAGGCGCUUUCUAAAUUAAUCAAGGCAGAUCUGAAUUCCAUUGCCACUGCUUCCAAGAGGAUCACCAAGUACGGACAUAAAAUCAAACUGGUGUGUGAGAGGUUCAAGAACCUCGAAGAAGCGAGGGGAAGUGCAGACGAGUACCGGGAAUUGAAGAAGAUGGUAAAGAAACUGAAGAAGCAGAUCUCUUCUUCCAGGCACAAGGAUGAGCCUGAUGAGUCCGAUGCGGCUCUCCAUCUACGGUCAAAUGAUUUGGCAAACAUCAACGGAGCCAACGCUAGCAAGAACGAGGCGAUCGAGCAAAGGUUGGACUUUGAACAAUUUGAGACACGUUACUAUGGGCUCGAGGAGGAGUUGAGGCUCUGUCUGCUAUGCUUUUCAGUGUUCCCGGAAAAUGUUGAAAUAAACAAGAGGGUCAUGAUAUACUGGUGGAUCGGAGAGGGCUUCGCACCUCCCCUUUACAGAAGAGGAAGUAGAAAGACACCAGAGCAGUUUGCCAAUGAGUUCUUCGACAAACUUAUUGAGCUGGGCUUCAUUGAGCCCGUGUGCAAAUAUCCUAGACUUGGAGUGAACAUCUGCAAGAUGAACCCUUUUGUUCGUUCUAUGGUGAUUGAGUUUGCCAAAAGGACUAACUUCUUCAAUUUUGAUGACGAGAGUAAUGCAGAAGAGUACUACUACUCUCAUUCUCUCCGGGCAUGCUUGAAACGUGGAGGAUUAACAAAAAUUCAGGAUUUGGGAACGCUUCACGCAUUGUUCAAUGUUGAUGAGACUAUUCUCGCCUUCAAGCCUGAAUGGUUUUCAAAGAUGAAAAAUGUCAAAGUUCUUUACUUGGGAAGGUGGCAGACCUCGCCCACACAUCACAUUGAAGUUGAGGAUAUUACGGCCAUGAAGAAAAGAAAUGCAAAUGUUUUGGAUGGUUUGGAAAAUGUCACACAACUGCAGUUUUUGAGCCUUCAAGGAAUCUCCAGAGUUACAGAGCUUCCCAGGUCCAUUUCAAAGCUCAAAAAUCUCACUAUCCUUGACAUUAGAGCUUGUCACAACCUUCAGGUAAUUCCCAAUCAAAUUCGGUGGCUCAAGAAUUUGACACACUUGGACAUGUCCGAGUGUUACCUGCUUGAUUUGAUGCCCAAGGGGCUUGCAUCGCUCUCCAAACUCGAAGUCCUCAGUGGGUUUGUGGUUGGAGAUUCAAGGGGCUCAUGCACUCUCGAUGAUUUAUGGAAAUUGCCAAAGCUGAGAAAAUUGAGCGUUCACACUGGUGUCAAUUCGUUUCCUUCAGACACAGAUCUGCGUGCUUUAAAUAAGUUCAAAGCUCUUACCAAGCUGACAAUCGCAUGGGGAAGGGGCUCUUUAAAUACUGCAGCAGAACAAGGAACAGCAGCUACCAAGAAAUUGGAUCUCAAAAUUGCUCUGUCAAGAAAAUUUGCAUUUAAGCGAGCAUAUGUGUCAAAUGCAGAGCUUCCCUCAGGACUGAUAAAAUUGGACCUUCAGUGUUUCCCUAGAAUGAUUACACCUAGUUGGCUGAGGCCUUUAACACUGAAGAACUUAAAGAAACUCUACAUCAGAGGAGGUAAGUUCUCUGAUCUGGGUCAAUUUCAGGAACUCGACAACGAGGAGAAGGACAAGUGGGAGGAAGUUAAAGAAUUGCGUCUGAAGUACUUAAACGACUUGGAGAUGGAUUGGAGCGAACUCCAGACAUUAUUUCCAAACUUGAAUUACUUGGAGAAGAUAAAGUGCCCAAAACUCACUGACUUCCCACCCGAUGGUAUCAUAGAUACGCAUGAUCUUUUCUUCUCACCACCAGCGUAA